CAGCACAUAAACCUUCCAGCCUCACUGAAUCUCCACUGGGCUAGAAGGGAAUCUCUGUACCCACAGGCCUGCAAACAGUAGCACAGACUGCUGAAAAGAAAACUCGGAGGAGACAAUCUCGGAAGAAAAGUGGCCAUGGACCUGAUCCCAAGCUUUUCCACAGAAACCUGGGUUCUCCUGGCUAUCAGCCUGGUGCUCCUCUAUCUAUAUGGGACCUAUUCACAUGGACUUUUUAAGAAGCUGGGAAUUCCUGGGCCGACACCUCUGCCAUUUUUUGGAACAGUUCUGGGCUACCUUAAGGGUUUUUGGGAUUUUGACAAGAAAUGUUUUAAAAAAUAUGGAAAUAUGUGGGGGUUUUAUGAUGGCCCACAGCCUGUAUUGGCUAUCACAGAUCCAGACAUGAUCAAAACAGUACUAGUGAAAGAAUGUUACUCUGUCUUCACAAACCGGCGGCCUCUUGGUCCAAUGGGAUUUAUGAAGAAUGCCAUCUCUAUGUCUGAGGAUGAACAAUGGAAGAGAAUACGAAUGUUGCUGUCUCCAACCUUUACCAGUGGAAAGCUAAAGGAGAUGUUCCCCAUCAUUGGCCGAUAUGGAGAUGUGUUGGUGAGGAACCUGAGAAAGGAAGCAGAGAAAGGCAGGCCUGUCACUUUGAAAGACAUCUUUGGGGCCUAUAGCAUGGAUGUGAUUACUAGCACAUCAUUUGGAGUGAACGUCGAUUCCCUCAACAACCCACAAGAUCCCUUUGUGGAAAAUACCAAGAAGCUCUUAAAAUUUGAUUUCCUCGAUCCAUUCUUUCUCUCAAUAACACUCUUUCCAUUUCUUAGCCCAGUUUUUGAAGUAUUAAAUAUCUUUCUCUUUCCAAAAAGUGUUACUGAUUUUUUCACAAAAUCUGUAAAAAGGAUGAAAGAAAGUCGCCUCAAAGAUAAACAAAAGAACCGAGUGGAUUUUCUUCAGCUGAUGAUUAACUCCCAGAAUUCCAAAGAAAUGGACACCCAUAAAGCUCUGUCUGAUCUGGAGCUGGUGGCCCAAUCUAUUAUCUUUAUUUUUGCUGGCUACGAGACCACAAGCACUUCUCUUUCCUUCCUUAUGUAUCUCUUGGCUACUCACCCUGAUGUCCAACAGAAGUUGCAGGAGGAGAUUGAUGCUACUUUCCCCAAUAAGGCCCCACCCACAUAUGAUACCCUGUUACAGAUGGAGUAUCUUGACAUGCUGUUGAAUGAAUCUCUCAGAUUAUUCCCAAUUGCUGGUAGACUUGAGAGGGUUUGUAAGAACGAUGUGGAAAUCAAUGGAGUGUUCAUUCCUAAAGGCACAGUAGUGAUGGUGCCAACAUUUAUUCUUCACCGAGCCUCAGAGUUCUGGCCAGAUCCUGAGGAGUUCCAUCCUGAAAGGUUCAGUAAGAAGAAUAAGGACAAUAUAAAUCCUUAUAUAUACCUGCCCUUUGGAACUGGACCCCGAAACUGCAUUGGCUUGAGGUUCGCUAUCAUGAACAUGAAACUUGCUGUCGUCAAAAUGCUGCAGAACUUCUCCUUCAGACCUUGUAAAGAAACACAGAUCCCCCUGAAAUUAGGCACUCAAGGACUUAUUCAACCACAGAAACCCAUUGUUCUAAAGGUUGAGUCCAGAGAUGGGACCGUGAGUGGAGCCUGACUCUCCCUAAGGACUUCCAUUUUGUUGUUCAAGGAAGCUGUAUCCCAGAACACCGAGGACCUCAGUUUACUUGGUGAAUAAAAUCCAGAAUAAAGAUUUUCUUAACCUACUGCCCUUGAUGGAUGCCUAUGCAGUCUUACAUUCAUUGCACUUUCUCAGUGUCUGUGUAGAGUAUUACGUGUUGUGUGAUAUAAAGGAGGGGCCUUGUAAGUGCCAGAUAUGUGGACUUACCUUAUCUUGUUCUCACAGAAUGAUCUCCAUCCACCCCCAGUUAGUACCAUCUACUCUCCCUGAGCUCUGAUCAAGAAUAAAAUUUCUCAACAAUUUU